AAUAAUAAACAGCUUUUGUUGAUGAAUGUACUGUAUAUUUUCUGCGCUGAUGAUUACAGUUUUUGUUUAUAGUAAUCUUAAACUCUGGUAUUGGGUUCACGAUUUAUAAGAGUAGGAGCAUUGCAGUGUAACAUGUGUUUUAUAAAUUCGUGAUUUAAAUUACACAUUUAGUGGUAUGGUUUGAUGCACGUAGGUUUUACGUCGCGCUUAUAUUCAGAAGAUAAAUUGCUUCUGGAAUAAUCGAAGACUGAUAAUAAUUGGUGAUAGUUGUAAAAUAAUUUUAAACAUGAAUCUGUGCCAUCAUACAGUUCCUUUUUUGGUUUAUUUGUGUAUUGUUAACGUAUCCUGCGAAGUUUUUACCGCGUUGGCGGAUUUAGAAGAAUUAUUGGACACAGAAAAACUAGUUAUUGAUACCCUACAAAAUUAUAUAAAAGCCGAAGAGCAAAAACUUGAAUUAUUGAAGAGAUAUGCAGACUUUUAUCAGCAACAACAUAAUAGAGCCACCGAAGAUGUUCAAUUAUAUAUUUCUAAUCCUAUUAACGCAUACACAUUAGUUAAACGAUUAACCACAGAUUUGACUGAAUUAGAAAACCUAAUGGGUUCACAGAUUAGUAGAGACUUCCUCAAUAAUAUAACACAUUUCAAACAGACGAGAUUAUUUCCUACAGAUGAAGAUCUUAAUGGUGCAGCCGUUGCAUUGACUAGAUUACAAGAUACCUACAGAUUAGACACGUCGUCUUUAGCAAGAGGUGAAUUGAACGGUAUCAAAUAUAGUUCUGAGUUAACAGCAGCAGACUGUUUCGAAUUGGGUCGUCAGAGUUAUAAUAACGGGGAUUACUAUCAUACUUUAUUGUGGAUGACCGAAGCUGAAGAAAGGUUACGCGAUGAAGCUAACCACACGAUAAGUCAAAGCGAUAUUUUAGAAUAUUUGGCAUUUUCUACUUACAAGCAAGGUAAUGUACAUCUAGCUUUAGAUCUAACGAACAAGCUUUUGGAGAUUAUUCCAACGCACACAAGAGCAUUAGGUAAUAAAGUUUACUACGAAGACGAAUUACAGAAAACGACAGAUACUCCAAAAAAGAAAGGUGAUGACGAAUCUGAAGAGAUACAACAAGAUGAAGAAGUCCAUACAGCUGAAGCUGACCCCUAUGGAAAACAACACUACGAAUCACUUUGCAGAGGAGAAAUCCAACUUCCCCCCAAAAUGGUGGCGCAAUUAAAAUGCAGAUAUGUGACUCACAACAAUCCUUUUCUGCUCAUAGCUCCUUUUAAAGUGGAAGAAGCCCAUAUCAAUCCGAAUCUUUACAUAUUCCACGACGUCAUGUCAGAUCAAGAGAUAGAAACAGUUAAACGUUUAGCGAGACCGAAAUUUCAAAGAGCUACAGUACAGAAUUCAGUAACAGGAGAUUUAGAAGUAGCCCAUUACAGAAUAAGUAAAUCGGCCUGGUUAAAAGAACACGAACACAAACACAUCGCUGACAUUGCUAGGAGAGUUGAAGAUAUGACUGGACUGUCAAUGUCAACGGCCGAAGAACUACAAGUUGUUAAUUACGGUAUCGGUGGUCAUUACGAGCCCCAUUUUGAUUUCGCUAGAAAAGAAGAGAAAAACGCUUUCAAAAGCUUAGGCACUGGAAAUAGGAUAGCCACAGUUCUGUUUUACAUGAGCGACGUGUCGCAAGGUGGAGCUACAGUUUUCCCCGUUAUCGGUGCUGCUCUUUGGCCUAAAAAAGGUACUGCGGCGUUUUGGUACAACCUUCAUCCCAGCGGCGACGGUGACAUGUUAACUAGACACGCAGCUUGCCCUGUUUUAGCCGGAUCGAAAUGGGUAUCGAAUAAAUGGAUUCAUGAAAGAGGACAGGAGUUUAGAAGACCGUGCACGUUAGAACGACCACCAGAAAAUCUAAUAGUAUAAUGGGACAAUUAUUAGUAAAAAAAAAAUGGGCUUCACGUUUCAAUCGAAGAGUACGGAUAAUAAUAUAUUGAUGAGUUUUGAAGGAAAAUCCUUUCUAAUUCCUUUUUAAAUAUCAUUAUGUGGCGGAUCAAGAUACAUAAAAGUACAUUCGAUUUGGGAAAGCCACAGAGUGAUUAAAAAAUGAAAAAAUUAUAAGUGGGGAAAUAUUGCCGGAAACGAGUUCAAUGUUACUAUAUAGAGGUCACUAAACACUAAUAUUACGACAGAAAAAAUCUACGAGGUACCUAGUCUCCAGGUGAACGACAUCUACGUCUAAAAUCCGUGGUAAUUCGUUAUGGCGGCUCCACAUUAGCGCCGUUAAACUCCGUAAACAGACGUGGACGGUUUCCAUGGGGUUAACGCCUGUUCUCCAUGGAGAGUAUGAAAUGAAUUACCAAUAAAUUGAAAAAUUCACAAAGAAACACAUUGAUCGGCUCGAUGUAUUUCAGUCAUCCACCACCAUCUAAAUAGUGAUAUGUUGCCACAGCAAAUAAAAUUAUUGCAGCAGCAGCUUUCAUAUCCAUUUCGCUGCGGGUUUCAAGGACGAUUGAGAACAUACCGUGAAUAUGGAGGGCACACUUGUGCCGUAGAUUCAUGGCGGGAAUUCACGGUACUAAUGUGGAGCCACCAUACGAAAUCGGCCGAUUAUAUACAUCCUGGUGGCUUUCGAAGUCGCUGAACACGGAUAUCACGAUGGCGAUGACGUACGAAGCACCUGGUGCUUGGGAUUGCUUAUUUAUACGUAGUCUCCUGCAGCCACGUUGACAUUCGUUGUGAAAUUGGCCGUAUAUAAACAUCCUGGAGGUUUUUGAGGUCGUUGUACACGAAUAUCACGACUGCGAAGACCUACGAGGUACUUGGUGCUCGGGAUUGCUUAUUUAUACGUAGUCUCCUAGAGCCCCGUUGACAUUCAUUGUGAAAUUUACCGAUUAUAUACAUCCUGGGGGUUUUCGAGGUCACUGAACACGAAUAUCACGAUGACGAUGAUCUGUGAGGUACCUGGUGCUCGGGAUUGCUUAUUUAUACGUAGUCUUCUGAAGCCCCGCUUACAUUCGUUUUGAAAUUGUCCGAAUAUAAACGUCCUGGGGGUUUUUCGAGGUAGCUGAACGGGAAUAUCACUAUCAAUAUAAGGAGUCUACGAGGUUCUCAUUAUUGAGAAUUGUAGGUAAACUCAGAGUAACUAGUUCAUUUUCUUUUUUUCAUUUAAAAUUAUUCGGGUCAUUAAUUCUCGUUUUUUAAGCAUUUGAGAUGAACUUUUCCAAAUGCUUUUUCAUUUUUCCUCUUGAUGAAUGCAAGUUUCAUUUCUUAUUCAUAAUUUUUGUUCACAAAGUUUCUUGAGGCACUUUGUUGGGUCUUGAUCCGUCUUACUGUUAAUAAAUUUCUAAAUUUCGUGUUUUAUAUCCUUGACUUUGAUUUCGACAUGGCACAAGCCAUGGAGUUGUCCCCAAGCAACAAAUUUUCUACAUUCAAUGUCAUCAAGUGAUCAAUAUCUUGGCGGUGGAAUUAUACCAUAAACAAUUAAUUUUAUUUUGUUUAUAAAACGAAGUUUGUUAGACAUAUGCAAAUGUACAUGAAUUAACUGUAGCGAUUACUUCUUUGGCUACUGCUGGUCAAGUUUCCUCGUUCACCUCUUUUUGAAAAUAUUCUGCCAGUUUAAAAAUACAUUAGCAAGGAUUUUCCCCAGUAUCUAAUAAUUUCUAUUUAAUUUUUGUUUAUAUUAUUGUUGUAACAUGAUUUCAAAAUAUUUCAGCAUACACAGCUUGAAUGUAUCUUUGCUGGAGCUUUUAACUAUUGUUUAUGAUUUUGUUGAUAAAUUAUCUUGAUUUUGGGUACCUUUUAAUUAAAAUUUCGUUUAAAAACAAGAUAAUUCGUCAACUAAACUAUAUAUUAAACACAAUAGAUACACACUGGCGACAUCGGGUAGUUGGUGCGGUGCUUUGAUGGUAAAAUACCUUAGACGAGCGGUAAAAGUGUCUUUUCGACAGAAUCUCUACACCUGGAUCGGUAUUCUCAGGUCCUCAAUGUCGUUGAAUGCGAGGAAAUCGAAAGAGAAGUGCUUUAUUUUAUUCGCAUGUAAAUAGACAAUUCUAACCUAUCAUUUUUAUUGAUUCAGGAAUUGUUUUGGAAAAUAAUACCUCAAUAAUUUUGUAAAUGUAUCCACUCACUGAUGAUUGGGAGAUAUCGAAACAAUAAUUAUUACCUACAUCUUGCUGGCAACUACCAGUACCAAAAAACUUCAAUGCUGCCAAUAACUAAAUGAAAUAAUUUCAUUUUAAAAUUUAGAGGGCAUUAACAACUUUUAAUAGUAUAUAAAUAUUAUAAUAAAUACCUAGAAGCUAAAUUUUUGUGAUAAUUUUAUAUAAAUCAAAACCAAAUAAACAGUGAAACAGUUCAAACUACUGUAGUUUUUACAGGUUCGUCCUAAUUGUGUCUAAAGAUAUCCGAAAGUUUUUUUGUUUAACCGAAAUAUUUUUUUAAAUUGAUAAUCACCGAGUUGUAUUAGAGGGUAUCUUAAGACAACUUCUUCUAGUUCUUCCAGCAUUGGCCGCCCACUCUGAAUCAGACGCCGUUUGCAACCGCCCAAUCUGGGAACGGACAGCUGGUCAAUAAGAUAGGAGAAUACAAUGGGCCUAAACUUCAAUACCAAAAAACAAAAUUUAUGAUUAUUUCGAGAAACAUAAAUGUUUGAAAACGCCACCAUAACACCGUAGAAUCCUUGGAAGGCUAGAUUGAAAAACGAAGAAAUUCUGAUCGAAGGUAAAAUUGAAAAAAAGAGGGAUCUGAAAGAAGAAAAUAUCUUGACUGCGAAACAUCAAGCAGUGGAGAGGACUAUACCAUAUACAAUCCUCAAUACACACCGCAAGAAAUAGAGAAGCGAUGGAAAAUGUUAUCGCGAACAUCCAUUAGUGGAUAUGCAUUGAAAUAAAUAUAAUGAUAGGUUAGAAUUGUCUAUUUACAUGCGAAUGUGAAAUGAGCACUCGUCUUUGGCGGGAACGUUCCUAUUGCUAGGAGAAGGCAUGAGAAUCGAGACAACAAUGAAUUUCGAUCCCCUCGCAUUCAACGACAUCGAUAUCGCUCCAAGGAAGGACCUGAGAAUACCGACUCUGGUCGCUUCUUUUGAGUAAUUUCGUAUAUAUUCGAUUUUUAUAUCUACUACCACUUAUCGAUUUUCUUUCAAACUAAUUACCAAAAAAUAAA